ACGACAGUCUACUUCCGACCGGCGGCGCGCGCGCAUUAAGAUCGCGUUCUUUUCAUUACAACGUUUUAUACAAACUGUUAUCAAAUAUUUAUUGACUAUUUAGUGUGAGACAGAUGUGUUAAUAUGAAGAUUUGGAUUUUAUUUUUGUGUGCACUCAUCGUUGGGGCUUCAGCCCAAAGCGACGAGUCUGCUGGUGACUGGGAUGAUGACUGGAAAGAGUACGAUGACGAGUGGUUCAAAACAAGACUGGCACAACUAGGCAUCUAUAAUGAUGAACAAAAAGAAUUUGCAGAAGAUAGUGUCAUUGACGCUAGUGUCGCUAUCGAAAGGGAACAGGAUGAAAUCGACAAAAUAGUGCAAGAGGACAUUAAAAAAUACCAAGACGUAGCGGAAGAUGAGGGUAAAUUAAAUGAUUAUCAGUUUGAAGAUAACAGGUCUGAGCAAAGCAAAGACAUUAAUAAUGAUGCUGAGCGUAACCAAAAAAGUCAUUUAGAAAGUGAAAAUGAUUAUGAAGACAAAGCUGAACCAAUUCACGAUAAUAGUGAUGGAAAAGAACAAUAUUUUAAAAAUUAUUUAGUAAGUGAAAAUGAUUACGAAGACAUUGCUGUUCCAAAUCGUGAUGUCGAUAAUGGGAAUAAUGAAGAUGUUAGUCAAUCAGAAAGUGAUAAUGACUAUGAUGAUUAUGCUUUAUAUGUAGGUGAUGAUUUGGAAGAAAAUGUGCCAGAAAAUGAAGAUUUACAAAUACCAGAACCAAAAUUUUCUAAAGAUGACGAUAUGAUCCCUCUUCCAUCUCCUGAAUCGAAUGAACAAAUUAAGCGAAUCAUGGACGAAACACAGGCUAUAAUAAAAAAGGAAGAAGAAAAGCAUAACGAUUUUGCUCUAGAUGAUGAAAUUGUAGAAGAAAACAGCAACGAGUUGAAUGAUAUAGUGAAAGAAACCAACAAUAUUCUAGAGGAAAAUCUGAAACCCAAUGAUUUUGCUGAAGAUGAAACAAAUAAAGAUAAUUUUGACUUUUCAGCGGAUAAAGAAAGAGUACAAGAAAUCAAUGAUGGUGAUUUUAUCGCUAAACCAGAGGACAAUAAUGAUGAUACACUUGAUAACGCUUAUGAAGAUUUGAAUAAAGACUUGGACAAGUUAUUUGAAACUUUAGAUAAACUUUCCAAUAGUAAAAGCGAAGAAGAUGAUAAAGUUAAGCCCGCAGAUGUCGACUACGCUGUCAAUUAUGAUGAAAGCUUACACAAUAUAUCUGAUUAUGAAACCAUCUUCGACAGCAAUUUAUCUGAUUUAUUUGAACAACACAGCAAAUCCAAGGAAGAUGUUAAUCUUGUUAACAUAGAGAAUAAAAACGAAAAUAUUGAAGAAAAACUAAUUGAAGAUGGGAAUGACGAAAAAAAAUCCUCAGAACAAGUUCUGGAAGAAGUCCCAUAUAUCAAUGAUGCUUUACUCUCUGACGAUAAAAAUGAAGAAAAACCAGUCAAAUCUGUGAACGUCGAUGAACUUUCAGACAAUCAGCUUGUACAGUUGAUGAAAGAUUUUGAGGUUCAACACAGCGACGUAUUCGACGUGGACGCUCUUUCAGAUAAUCACAUUGUCAAUGAAUUAACCUUAGAAUAUGGCGAAACAAAGGUCAUCACAUCAGAAAAUUAUCCGGCAGGAUACCCUACCAACAGGGUUGUAGAUUGGAUUGUUACUGCGAAGGGACAGGGCAUAGAAUUGAAUGUGACUGACUUAGCUAUGAAUAGCGCCUUAGGAGACUACCUCAUGGUCAAACCAGGUUAACUGGACGUCAU